AUGGCCAUCUUAAUAUACUUUCUUCUUGUGUUGAUCAUCCCUCAUAAAGCAGAUUCACUCAGUUUUGAUUUUCCAAAUCUCAGUCCACUAAAUCAGAACACUGAUAUAGUUACUAUGGCUGAUGCUUUUAUCACUACCGACGGAAUGCAAUUGAUUCCUGAUAGAAGUUAUACAGCAGGCCGGGGGAUUUACAACAGUUUACUUCAUCUUUGGGACAAAACCUCUGGAAACCUAGCCAGCUUUUCUACCAAUUUCUCAUUCGUGAUCGAGUCAGAUACAAUUGAUCCAAUUUAUGCCGAUGGGCUCACAUUCUUCCUUGCUGAGAAUAAUUCAGUAGCAACAAUCGGUGGAGCCCUGGGUCUUCCGGUUGCUAACGUCACCUACAAAAAUUUAAGUUUAUUUGUUGCAGUGGAGUUUGAUACUUACACGAAUGGAAAUUGGGAUCCAGCAGAGUUUACCGAUUUAGAUCAUCAUGCAGGCAUCAAUGUAAACUCUCUUACGUCUCGCGUGUUCAGGAAAUGGUCGAUCAAUAUAACAAAAGGAGCACAAUGUCAAGCUAGCAUAACGUAUGAUUCUGUUUUGAAAAACCUUGGUGUUUCUGUCACUGACGAUCUAUAUGGUGUAAUUGACCUUAGUCACAUCAUUGAUCUAAGGGAUGAAUUGCCCGAAUGGGUUAUUUUUGGGUUUUCAGCAGGAGGCGGACUUCGGUUUGAGAAAGUUACAUUAUUAUCAUGGAGUUUUAGUAGUUCAAAUCUACAGGUUGCUGAACACAAGACACCACCACCAGGCCCUGCCCCAAAAAAUGGGCCAGGUCAUAAGUUAGGAUUAAUAGUUGGAUUAGUUGCUGUACUUUUGUUUUCCACUAUUAUUGUGUUUUAUUAUUUAUGGAGGAGGAAACACAGAAGACAUGAGAUGGGAUAUGAUGCGGAUAUGAACAAAGAUUUCGAACAUGGCACUGGACCAAAAAGAUUCUCUUACAACGAAAUUCUUCAGGCAACGGGUGGUUUUGCAGAAACAAACAAGCUUGGGGAGGGAGGUUUUGGAGGGGUUUAUAAAGGUUUUCUGAAAGAUAGUGAUACGUAUAUCGCGGUCAAAAGGGUGUCCAAGACUUCUCAACAGGGGAUCAAGGAGUAUACUGCGGAAGUUAAAAUAAUUAGCCGAUUGAGGCACAAAAAUCUGGUGGAACUCAAGGGCUGGUGCCAUGAGAAAAGCGAGCUCCUGCUUGUUUACGAGUUUAUGGAAAAUGGGAGCUUAGAUCUACAUCUAUUUAAGCAGAAAAGCUUGUUGACAUGGGACAAGAGGAAAAGAAUUGCAUAUGGCUUGGGCUCUGCUUUGUUGUAUCUUCAUGAAGAAUGCAAAGAAUGUAUUUUGCACAGGGAUAUUAAAUCGAGCAAUGUUAUGUUGGGCUCAAAUUUCAACGUAAGGCUUGGUGAUUUUGGUUUAGCUAAGUUGGUUGACCACGAGAAAGGCUCCCAGACAACCAUGUUGGCUGGGACAUUGGGUUACAUGGCUCCCGAAUAUGUGGUGACUGGCAAAGCAAGCAAAGGAUCCGAUGUAUAUAGCUUUGGAGUUGUAGCACUUGAAAUAGCUUGUGGGCGAAAAUCUAUUGAUAACAAGGCUCAAGAAAGACAAGUAAAAUUAGUAGAAUGGGUUUGGGAUCUCUAUGGGACUGGGAGUAUACUAGAAGCAUUUGAUCGGUCUCUCGGGUCAGACUACACAGAAGAAAUAGAGCGGUUGGUGAUUGUUGGGUUAUGGUGUGCACACCCUCACGCAAACCAAAGGCCAACAAUGAGGCAAGCCAUUCAAGUAUUGAACUCCGAAGCUUCCCUUCCCAUACUCCCACUAAAGAUGCCAAAAAUCACUUUGAACGCACCUCCGUCUCUUUCAGAAUUUGGUGAUUAUUCUUCAAGUACUACUGGUUCUAUCAUGCUUCAGUCAAAGCUCACUGUAUCAGCAAAUUCGUCUCCAGCUGAGUUGCUCUUCAGUUAA